UCAGUCUUGCACAGUUUAUUAUGUCUCAUUAUGUCUAGGUUUUAAGAAAGCAAACUGUGUGUUUGCACCAUGUGUGUUUGUGAGCCGCUAUACUUGAGGGAACUCAAAUUCUUUUGCCAUGUUAAAGUGACCCGCAUUCUCAGGGCGUCAGGAGAAAGUGGGUCAUCACUAAAUAUAUCCUCCAGACCUGUGAAAAAAACAAAGUCAGUCAGUGUUUUGCAAUGCUGUGAGGUGCAUGUCAUUUCUUCCUGGAGUUUUGUUCAUGUGUGCAUCUUUUUGAGCUUUGAAACACAAUGGACUACAUGGACGAAAUGGAUGAAGAUCAGCUCAUUGAUUUUGUUAUUCAAAUGAGCCUCCAAGAUGCUCACAGUCUCUCCGUUUUGAACGAACCGCUAAGCACUUUAGAAACAGCCACUGAUGAAAACCUCAAGAUUUUAUCUGCUAUAGAUCAAGGUGAUGUGUUUGCACUGAAGCAACUGCACAAAUACAGUGAUGCGUAUAAGGAAGAAGACAGCAAAGGUUGGCUUCCGAUGCACAGAGCGUCAGUCCAGCCGGAUGUCCAUGUGUUGGACAGCGUCCUCCUGGCAUCCUAUGAGCUGAGCAUAGAGGAGAUGACGGCUGACGGAGACACUGCUUUGACUCUGGCUUGUCAAGCAGGACAUGUGGAGAACGUGAAGGUUCUUCUGCAGCACGGAGCAUCUCCACACAACAUGAACAGCAGGAAUGAGACUCCACUUCUCCUGGCUGUGAGGGCAAACUCGUAUGAUAUGGUUAAUGCCCUGAUAAUGGGAGGCGCCUCCGUGCAGCAGGUGUGUUUGAAGAAAUGGACGGUCACCCAUGAGGCUGCUAAAGUGGGUUGCGUGGACAUCCUGGUGCUGCUGCUGAGACACGGGGGGAAGGUCAUGGGACGCGAUGGUCAUGGGGUCACACCGCUGGGCAUCGCCGCAGAGUACGGCCAUUCGGAAAUACUGGCAAUCCUUAUCGAACAUGGGGGCGAUGUCACAGCACAAGCUUCAAAUGGAGACAGUGUGUUAUAUGACGCCGCAGGCUGUGGGAACCUGGACUGCAUUGAUCUACUCUUACAACAUGGUGCCAGUCCUAAUGUAGCCAGUCUUUGCUCUCAACUGCCGAUUCACCGCGCAGCCUACGAGGGGCACUACCUGGCUCUGAAGAGAUUCAUUCUCAUCACCACUAAGAGGGCCAUCCGUCUGUCUGGGAUGAGCCCGGUUCAUUCUGCGGUGGACGGAGGCCAGGCUGAAUGUCUCGAGCUGCUCAUCGAGAAAGGCUUUGAUGUCAAUUCAAUCCUGGGCUGCCAUAUUUCCGAAAACUACGGUGACAUGAGGAAGACCCCGCUGUACUUCGCAGUCUGCAAUGGAGACGUCACAUGCGCUGAGAUGCUUCUGAAAGCAGGUGCGAUGCCCGACCUGGACCCGCUGCGCUGCCUCCUGGUGGCGGUCAGAGCUGGGAAGUACGAGCUGGCGCGGCUGCUUCUCGCCCACGGGGCAGACGUCAACUGCGUCUUCUCCGUCGUCAGCGACACCUUAUUUCCUACAGCACUGCAGUACUGCAUCAAAGAUGAAAUGAUGCUGCGCCUGCUCCUUAACAACGGUUACCAUGCAGAAAGCUGCUUUGAGUGUUACCACGACAACUGUGUAACAACAUACACAUGGGCAGAGGCUCCUAGCCAGUCAUACCAAGCCAACACUGCAACGAAUAAAGUAACCUUUUGUGAGUUUAUUAGCGUGACAUGGAUGGCACACUUGGCAGGGAGGGUGGUGCUGACACUCCUAGAUUACGUGAAUCAUGUGCACAUCUGUUCUAAACUGCAACUUAUUCUGGAGAGACAGGAGGAGUGGCCUGAUAUCUGUGACAUUCUUAGGAAGCCACGCUCUCUGAAACACCAGGCCAGGUUGGUUAUCAGGAGACAUAUGACACUGAGAAAACUGAAUGACCCGGAGUUCAUGAGCACCGUUUCUUUCCCCCCGGCACUGAAGAACUUCCUGCUCUACAAAGAAUAUGAUGUUUAUGGUCGAAUGGAUGAACAGUAGAUAUAUGUAUCUACAGUGGCAUGCGAAAGUUUGGGAACCCCUUACAGAAUCUGUGAAAAUGCAUCAGUGAAUUUUUGAACAGGAUGAAGAUGUCCAAAUUUUUCUUAUUUUGUUGAAAUAUCAUUUUUUCCCAUUAUGUACUGCCCUUCGGAAGCAACAGAAGAUACUUGCAUGUUUCCCGGAAGACAAAUUAAGUCAUAUAUUUCAUAUUACUAAGGCAUAAAUCAGUAAAAGGCAUAAAACAGUCGUGGAUCAUCCAGGUAACCACAUACAGGAACCAAGGGUUCCCAAACUUUUGAAGGGGGUUAUUUGAAUAAUUUCAGCUAUUUUUCUUUUCUUGUCUUGUGGAUUAAAUGUAAACAUCUUUUAUGUAAACUAUCUUAUUCAGGACAGUACUAAAUAAAAAAUAACAUGCAUUUUGUAUGAUCUUUUCAUAUUUUGUUAUCUUAUCUUGUUAUCUUACCACUUGUUAUCUUAUCUUUUUUUAUUUUAUCACUUACAAAAUAUUAUUACUUACCCACAAGGCCCUUAAUGGUUUAGCUCCUGCGUAGCUAACUAGUCUUCUACCAUGCUACAAUCCAUCACGCUCC